UCUCGAAGUUCUCUCUCUUCUCGAUCCAAAUUUCCGUUUUCAGAUUCACAGUAGGGUUUAUCACUCCAUAAAAUCCCCAAAUCAAACUCCAUCCCCCCCCCCCCAAAACUGCCUUCUUCAAAGCUAAAACCCUAGAGUGAUGAUUCGUUCUCUCUCUCUAGGGUUUUAUCGCAAUUGAAUUCGUUCCCGUUUUAAAGAGAGUAUUUAAAUUCCUCGAAUUCGAAGACGGCGCAGAAAGUUGCAUCAAUUGUAAGUGCUCGUAACUCAGUUGUAGGCUGAUGCGUUGGUUAAGCUCACGUAUAGAUUGAUAUAGCCACAUCUUCUUCGAUGUUAUUCCAGCUUGUAUCUAGGGUUUAUAUUUAUUUCUAGCUGCUGGUGGGGCUAGGAUUUCUAAGUUCUGACUGUUUGUUGAGGUUUUUGGAGCUUAAGAAACCCCUAAAUGUUUCUUGAAUCUGAACAUGAGCGAUGGAGGUGAAGCUGAAGGUACGAGAGACGAACAGAAUGGUUCGAAUUUGCGAUCUGGCGAUGGUGAUUAUAGUCGAGCUAUCUCUAGAGUUGCAAUGGCUCAAAUAUGCGAGGGCGUUGGGUUUGAGGGGUUCAAUGAGUCUGCUCUGGAUUCGCUUGUUGACAUUGCGAUUAGGUACGUCUGUGAGUUAGGUAAAACCACGAGAUUUUAUGCGAAUUCGGCUGGUAGGACGGGCUGCAACAUCUUUGAUGUUGUCCAGGGGCUGGAAGACUUGGGGAAGCCUCUAGGGUUUACUGGUGCUUCAGAGGUUCAUACUGACUGUGUAGUGAGUUCAGGUGCUAUAAGGGAGAUCAAAGAGUAUGUUGACAUGGCUGACGAGGUGCCAUUUGCUCAACCGGUGCCACAAUUUCCUGUGAUCAGGGAACGGAGAAUGAUACCUAGUUUCUUGCAAAUGGGGGAGACUCCGGCUUUUAAGCACGUGCCACAGUGGUUGCCUGCAUUUCCGGAUGCCCACACGUAUGUACGAACACCUGUUUGGAAUGAGAGGCUUUCUGACCCUCGUACAGAUAAGAUUGAGCUAGCGAGGCAGCAUAGGAAGGCAGAGAGGUCUUUGUUGAAUCUGCAGCAGCGGCUUGUAUGUAAUGGAUCAUCAGUGGCUACAACAUCUGCUGAACCAUGUAAUGGAGGAAAUGGAUCAGGAGUUAAUAACAAUGGGAACCUGUCCCUGGAGAAGCCGUUGGAGGCUGAGGACAUAGGCGUGUCACGGGUCAGCAUUCCCCCAAAGCUUUCUAGUCAAGCUCAGACAGAAAAACAAGUUUCUUUGUUGGAGACGUUUGCUCCAGCCAUUGAGGCAAUGAAGGAUGGGCUUGAUUCCGGAAGUGAUGGAGAGAAGACUUUUCCAGAAAAGAGGGAUUCUGUGUUUUUAGAGCUCAAGGGGGGUAAAAAGGUAUUUGGUGAACCAUUGGAUUUGAAGAUUCGGAAAGCCGUAGGAAGAACAUCUUCAUGGUUUGGUCACGAGGGUGAAAAAGAUGACAAGAAGAGGAGAGUUGAGUUUAUACUACGGCAAUCUUUGGAAAACCAGCAGGAGCUUCCUCAGUUGUAAAUUUGUAGUUCCUUGAAUGACAUUGAUUGGCUAAUGUUCAAGAAAAUUGCAGUUGAUUAGGUUAGUGACUAGUCAAACUCAAAACAUACAGUAGUUUGUGCUUGUGUAUUUGGUGCUAAUCCAUUUAGGAGCGGAACCCAGAUUAAGUCAUUUUUCGAGAUAUGUCAGGUCAUUUUCAGAUUUCUUGUCAUUGACACUAUUUCUUAAUGAAUGAGAUCAUAGCAUUUUGUUCGUUCCCUGUGUUUCCAUCUCCUCUCUACGAACACACACAUACAUAUAGUUGUUGCCACCUCUUAUUUGUGCCUUUCUCUACAAUCAUGUCAUAAUUUUGUUUGGAAAUAUAAGUUGGAUACCAUUUUAUUGUGUGAUCUGAUUGAGCUAUCUGGAAACUUAUGUGGCACUCUUGGACAUUCCCAAUUCUCUAUAUUUAAGAUACUAUGCUCAUCUUUUGCAAGCUAGCUUGGUUGUGUUUAUUUCCAUUUUAAAAUUUUAUGCUUUUCUGCUGGUCUCCCUCUGUUUCAUAUCCUCUUUCUUCGGGUUGGUGCAUGUGAGGAUUGACAAUGUGGUGUGCUUUUCUCCUUUUUUGGAGUUUGGUGGCCUUGUUCUUGAAGAGCUACAGUUGGAAGGUGUUUUUGGAAUGUAUCCCAUUCUUGUGUCAGUGUGACUGUAUAUUACAGAUGCUAGAAGAAUAGCAAAUGGACUGUGGUGAUAAAGUGUGACUAGGAUAUGAAAGCAGCGCAAUGCUGCAACCCCACCAAAACUUCCUCGACUCGCCACUGCCACAGGUCACGAUUGAGAAAUGCCCACUUUUGGCGCCACAACUAGUCAUCUGAGACCGUAUUCUACCACCGAUGAGAUGCAUUGGUGUUGUAGGCCGUUGGAGCCAAAAAUGGUAUUUUGCGAGGAGGAGGAGGAGACAAACAUGUCGUUGUGGCGCACUCAGGAUAAUUUCCUUCGACAUCAAGAACAAGUGAUAAAGCACGCGACUUGGAACUAAACCGAAGGAAAGGAUGUAUGAAUCUUUAUGAUGAGUUAUGGACAACCAUUGUUUGCAUUCUCCUUUUUUCUUCUCCUCUCAUUUUUGGUUGCAAAAGCCACAAAUGCCACCUCUAUUUCAUUUUAGUCCAAAAAGUUUUAAGUUGAUACAUUGUGAUUCAUUCCA